AGAAGGGGAAAGAAAAUCUGCAAGGAUGUUCCUAAUCACGAGCAGACGGUCGAUGAGGUCCGGAUUUUCCGGAUGCAGCGGAGUCGAGAUGACGGCCUGGAUAUGGAUAGGAUGCACCGUUGCAACCCUCGUGACGUCGCAGCAGAAUUUCUACACGAACGGGAGAUACGGAAAACGGCAGGACCCUGAACAAGCGUCCUCCUUCUGGUCAGGGAGUAGAUAUGGUCGAAGCGGCGUUUCCGGUGCCGGGAAAGAGAAGACCGAGGGAGCGGGUAAAGACAUGGAAGUCUCGCCUCGGACGGACAGGUUCUUCCUGGGAAGCCGUUACGGGAAAAGGACCUUCUCCAAUGGCGAGCAGGUCGACUCGCUAAAGCACUUCAAAACAACCCUGGACUUUCUGAUAUCCGUCGACCGGCAGACAACCGAGAAGGACCAGCUGAAGGUCCUUAGUCAGGAGUUAAAAGACAAUGAAAACGUCGUAGCGUCCGGAUCCGGGGAAAAUUUGUCCUUGUCUAUGGCAAAUUUAUACAGCCCUCGAGCAGUCAGAAACGAGGAGACGAUUGGAUUCGAUUGCCUCUACACAGGGAUCGGAAAUCUCUACCGCUGUUUUCACAGGAGAAGCAAUGCGCCCCAAGGAUCAUCGAAUUGAUCAAGAAACCCAGAGCAGAAAAUUUCGCGGUCGUUAAACAUGAUUUCCUUUCUUUUUUUGUUGUUUUAAUAUAAAUUUUAAAACCUACCGAUUGACGGGAUUUACGAAAGAAGCAAUAGCAAACUAUUUCAAACAGAAGUGGCUGAAACACUGCCACAUUUUAUAGACAUACGCUUUUCAGUUGACAUUGAUUAAACGAUAAUUGGACCAAAUUUUUUGAAAGUUUUAAUGUUAAACAGAAACAGUCAUCUCUGCUUUUGGAUGACUUUACGUCUUAUAAUUUGAACAAAUUCAUCGGAAUCAUCGGAUCCCGGUCUUUCGUCGAUCCCGUGA